AUGGAGAUGGGGAAUCCUGGAUCCUCCCCGGCCGUAGCGCUUCUCCUCGAGCUGGCCGCCGUGACCCCGGUUCGUCAUUACCUGGUUGGAUCGCUCCUCUUGCUCAUCGUCUUCCUCUACAGUUUCUUGGAAUUCCACCUCCUCGGCGACAUCCUCCGUGGAUUUAGGGGAGACAAGGUUCGCCUGACGUACAACCCGGCCUCCGAGAUUUACCAGGAUGUUGUCUCCAAGUGCCGGACCCUUCAUGGCCGGUCAGCAUAUGUGCCUUCGCUAUGCUCCUAUUUUUUUUUCGGGUGAGAAAUGAAAAUUUUAACAUCGGAUGCUCAGGUACCUGGCGACGCCGUGGCUCUCGAGCCCCCACUUCCAGACUACAUUCCUUAAUUUCUUUGGGAAUCCUCCAGCAUUCACUUACAGAAGGUCCGUGCCAUUAGUUCGAUAGCUAGUGUCGAAUGCCUUAAUAUUUUUUACGCGUCGGAACAUGCUAAACGGCGUCCAAAAUUUUGGAACUAUGCUACCAUGUGCUGUGCUGGAAACGCCAUUAUAAAUGAGAGUAAAUGGGAAAAUUUCCUGGUUCGUUCCAUUGGUUAUUUGUUGUUUGAUCGUUGACGAAGUUUCACUCUCCCAAGUCUUCUUCUUUCUCGUCGAUUAUACUCUGCAUCUAUGAGAGCUAGUACAAACUGUAAUAGUCGAGAACUGGGUAGUAAAUACUUGAAGACAGUCUGUGCAACUCACGGCACAAAACACACGACAGAGAUGCCCAAUAUUUUCAAUUUCCGGGCUCGCCACACUGCACAUGAAAGUUUUUUUUAUCUGUGCGAAUUUUUAGAAAGCUUUCUGUAUGCCGUGUCUAUAAAUAUUCUACAUUUAUUUUUUACUUUGGCAUUCUAUUCAUCGAACGCAGAAACUUUUUGAGUUGUGAAAUUCACCAUCACCGACGAAAUACUUUCUUACCAGGCAAAUAUUUCGCGUGUCAGAUGGUGGGACGAUUGCUCUGGAUUGGCUUUUAGCUUCUGAUGGUGAGUAUCUUCGAUUCUAGUGAGAUAUCCGAGUCAUUGUUGUUGAUUUUGACAUACUUGAAUGAAGGAUAAGCCAUUCGAACCACAAUAUAUAACUUUGGGUUCUUGUAGGUAUGAUGAUGACAUUUUUCCAGUUAUAGAUCUUAUUGAGAACCCAAGUUUACUUAACAGGAACAACAUUUGGGUAUUCCACUGGAAUUGGCUCUGAAUACCUGUUUUACUUGCUGUCAGGAUCUGGGAAGAGCGUGCUCUCUUGCCACAUUUUAAAUGAACAGUGGGUUUCUCGAAAUUUUCCCUCACACGGAGGAUCCCAUUGGCAUCUCAUGGCCAGGAGGAAAUUUAGUUUUUCCAUCUCUGAAGAAAAUGAAGCUCGGUAAAUCAUCUCAUAACUUGAAUAGAGGUGAAGCCGCCACUUUUCGCUCUUACUUCAGAGCAUGGAAAAGCAAAUUAGCUGAAAAUUACAGCUUCCUUAAGCUUGGCUAUGGUGAGAUAAAUAACACAGGGAUACUUAUAAUGGGGUACUGGUCGUAAAUAAGAUAUUUUUAACUCAAGCCUUUGAAAAAGGAUGCUAAUCUCUAACGCUAAAUUAUAGGAUUAUUAAAUAAGUUCGACUUGGUGGCAGGGAAGUUCGAUUUGGAAACCUUCAUUGAAUGUGAACAAAAUUAAAUUGAAGAUAGACUUUGUGGCAUUUUGAGCCACUGAAAAUUUUGGUAUCCCGAAGGUCAGGUGCAGUUCCUUCAAAUAACCAAGCAAAAUGCGGUCUCAAUUACAUCCUUUUCUUUCACUGGCUGUCGGCGAUAUCGUCCCUAAGAGAAUCGUACGUGAAAGAGUUCCAGUUCUUCUUUUGUAAUGACUCUACAUGCUCUCCCAUCUAAAAAUUGAAGAUGGGAUUGAUGGACCCAACUUUCUUACUUUUUCUUUCGUUUCACCUAAUGCUGUACAGUUCCUUCGGCCUAUGGGGAUUGAGAUCUCUUUUUUCCAAAGGCUGAUAGUCUCGUUAGAUUCUAUCUGUCUAUAUUUUAUCUCUCCAAAUUUAUAGUAAAAACGAAAAAGACUUCUAGUAUGAGACAAUAGUAAACCCACCAGGAUCUGCUCUAAAAGAAGAUUUGAAAGACUUUGAGAGCAAAUGCAUCGAAGCUAAAAUAAGGGAUAUUGGCGUGCAUUUUUUUUCGUGCUCAUAAGUUUUUGAUGCUCGUCUUGGUAAGCAUCUGAUGCAUUUCUUUUUCCUGCAUUUCAUAAAAUUGUGGUAUUUCUCUCACAGUUUGUUAUUUUUUUAUGUGCUUUUUAUGUGAAUUUGACUUGAUUUUCAAUGCUUUUGCUGCAGAAGAGUUGACCUUUUCUUUUUAUUUAAUUCGAGUAGGUCAUUUAUAUUUUUUACCUACGUCCAAAAGGUCAUCAAAGUGACUCUUUAAUAAGUUUGCACUGUGAACGUUUGAUUUUGCACAAGGGACCGUAUAAAGAGUACUGAAUGAGCAUAUUUACAUUUCAGUCAUACUAACUAUGCACACGACUUUCUAAUUGCCUUGGUUUUCGCGUGACAGUCGCAGGGUGUUCUGCUGACCCAAACAAGGUCAUCGCAAAAGAUGAUACAACACCCAUUGUUGUAAUGGUUCCUGGACUAACCAGUGAUUCUUCCUCUCCUGUAAGCUUUUGUCAUCAUUUCCAGUUCAUUGAUGCGUUCUGAAAUCGGAAUAUGAGAAAGCAAUCCUUGUUUUUGUUCAUUUCCGUUCAAGCUUUUCGAAUACUAGAAAGGAUCAUAAAAUAUGCUGGGAGAACUUUUUAGGACUUCUUUUGUAGAAUCCAGAAGCUUGCAGAUAUAACACAUGUACCUGUCUGCCAAUCUACCUUCCUGCAAACUUUUUUGGUCAUCUUUUUCCGAUCAAAAUUAUAUUUGACUUGGAAUAAAGAUUGAUCCUUUAAUAUAUGGUUAGAAUCUUCAGAUUUCUAUGCUCCAUUGGAUCUGAUGUUUUUGUGUCUAUCAUUGUUGCAAUUAAUUAUCAUCAUGGAUUUUUUUUCUAACAAUAGAUGAUGCAAGGUAUUUGGUACUUUAAGAGCUUGCACAUUUCGCUUAAUUUCUUAAUCUGGUGUCGUAUAAAAAGUUUCUUUCCUUCUUUAUAUAUCACCUUCUUCCUGUCCCAAAUCGUCAAAAUUGGUGAAGGUAACAUAAUUUUUGACGAAUGUAAUACAUUUUUUUCAAACUAUGUUGCAGUAUAUGAAACACCUUGUAUAUAAGGUAGCAAAGAGGGGUUGGAAUGUAGUCGUCAGCAACCAUCGUGGAUUGGGAGGAGUUUCCAUAACAGUAUGUAUCCUUGGCUCCGACCAAAUAUUAGACGAUGCCUGUAAGAAGAUAUGGUUUCAUGGAAUAUUUCACCUCAGAUCUGAGAUUUUCAUUUUAUCAUGGCAUAAAAAGUUAUGUGAUGUGUGUAUGCUUCUUUUUUCAGUUUCCGUAUCUGUCAUUUUAAUGAUUUCUCUUCUUAAACGAUGACAAGUGAAGCAAGCAGAACCUGUUUUUCUGAUGUUCUUAAUUUCGUUCCCAAUAUUCUCCAGUUUUAUUGCAUGACAUUAACUUGAAGACUCGGUGUAUUUAUCCCUGGGCAAUUUUUUGGGACUCGAAAUCAGAGAAUAUGUUUUUCUGGGCAUGACCUGAUAUAAACAAGAACAAUUAAAAAUAUAUACUGGUCUUCUUGCUAUCUGAUUCAGCUCAACACAAUCUGUACACCCUCAACUCCCAGACACAAGUCGGUGCAUUUCAAAAGGUUGGAUUCCCAGAAGGUAUGAGGACGGACGCCUUUGCUACCUGGCUCAAUCGAAAUGUUUUUCGCAUCUCUGACUUAAGAUUGGAAAGAGGGCGAACAUCCAUGGUUGGCCGACGACUAUAUGUAACACGAGAGUCCGCGUCCUCCUGGUAUUUGAUGCAGGUCAGAACAGUGACUCACAUCGUUUUAUUUUCACCCUAAUUUUCCCUAAAUGACUACACGGGGCCUAGAAACUCAUAUAACUUCAUCAUUGCUUUCAUGACACGAAACCUCAACUCGGCAUUCUUCACUGCCCAUGAAAGCCUGGAAUAAGCAGACCUCUAACACUUGAUAUCCAGAUCCCUCAAUGGCUGACAUACGUCGAUGUAGAUAAUCAUAUAGAUUGGAUUCCAUCGAUCCAACUAAGUUUGACCCAUUCUGAGUCUUAAUGUCGCUCAUACGCUGUGAAAGCGUUCUUGCUGCACGGGCACAUCACAUCUCUUUGCUGUUUGGUAUAUCCAGACACGAAGAGUGAAUCUGUAUGCAGCAUAAUACAAUGGUUGAUUUUGGAUCUUUUUUUCCAUUCCCAUCUGCUCCUAGAAUAUGCUAAGCAGUGGUGGUCCCUCUUCUACUGCUAUUGGCUGCUUGUCCUUUGACACUUCAAUUUGUCAUUACUAUCACAGAUAUGGCUCAAUGAAUUUUGGCAGGUAGUCACCGUCAUUUCCCUAUUUUCACAUUUCUUGGCAAAUAAAACAUUUUUCAGUGCAUUUCCAUCUCUUCAUAUUCAGAUGUCUUAAAAAACAAAGUUGGUGGACAACUGGCAUUGAAAUCACUGUGAACAUAAUGCUCAAAGCCCGAGUAGCUUGGUCCUUGGAGUGGAGUGUAAAUGAUGAGGGUCAACUCCAACCUCCUAAGAUUGCUUUCCUCUUUUGGUUGACUUCACAUGGAAGACUGGGGGAUAACUUUCCUGUCAGGGAAAAUGGCCACACUCACUUUCCCCCAUGGUGAUGUUUGGACGGGCUUGGUGUUGGAAGUCCUUAUCAUCUCUUAGAAUGUUUGCCGGUUGAUGGAAAAGCACGUCUUUGCGCAGAAUGUUCACUUGUUCAUGGUUAAAAAAAAAAAGGAAAUAAUAAACUCGCAUGGAGCUAUCAAGCCCUGGGAGACGUCUGGAUUUUUUUACAUGGAUAAAUAUUUUUCAUUUAAUAUUUUAUAAUUCAUUAAUUUAAGUUUAAUUAAAUUUUAGUUAAAUUUUAACUUUUCAUGGAUAUAUCCUUUUGUAAUUUUCAAUUCUGCUUUUAAUCGUAAGUUUUAUCAUUUCACGUCUCUUCCGUUUUGCCUUCUAAUCCCUUAUAAUUUUUUGUUUAGUCUGAUUGCUUCUACAAUGCUGGAUGGACAGAAGAUGUUCGGAAGGUUAUCAAUCAUCUUCACAGAGAGUAUCCCAUGGCUGUUUUAUAUGCUGUUGGAUCAAGCAUUGGUGCCAAUGUUCUGGUAGUUGAACUGUCUCAUUCUUUCACGUCUUCUUCUUGGGACUAUGAUGUCAAGUUUAGGAUAUACUCUCGUCACAGUGUCUCAGGCUCAUAGCAGGACGAUUUUAUAAGUUUUGACAUAGACUACAUUGUUCAUCUCCAUAAAAUAAUCUUUGCUAGGUUAGUGGAUUAUCAUCGUUUGGCGGGCCAGAUAUUCUUCCUUUUUUCUGGACUGAUUGUAAAACGGAUUGUAAAACAUAAAUUGUCUAGGCGGUGGGGGCAGCACAUUGCCACAGGUCCAUUUAGGCAGUGUCUGGGCUGACUUGUCAUCGGGCACACUUGGCCGAAGUAGUCAGGACUGCGUCUUGGACUUUGCUUUUCCAAUUCGAUUCGGCAUGGCUGAGAUAUUUACAUAGGCAUGUAUAUUUGUCUACACAUACGUAUCGUCAUUUUGAAACUUAAGUUUUCCUGUACGUGUAGGAUUUUUGAGCUUGAGCAUUCAAAUAUGGGAUUUGUGUCCCAUUCAGACAUUUGUGAUUUCUAGCACCUCUCUGUGUCAUCUAUAGAUCCAGAGACCAGCUGGGUCUACAUUUUAUUUUUGCCAUUUAGAGGCUUUGGGACAACUCUGAGCUGUUGUCUUCUUGUGCUAGGUCUAUAUUUGGUCUGUGAUUUUCUAUUCAAAAUUCAAAUGUCUUACAAGAUGUAUAAAAAGGUUGAUGGCCUUUUGUCAUGUCUUCAGGUCAAAUAUCUUGGUGAAGAUGGAGAAGGUACUCCUGUUGCUGGGGCUGCAUCUAUUUGUUCCCCUUGGGACUUGGUGGUUGGUACCAAGACUUCAAGCUCAAAAAAAAUUACAUAAUUUUCUUCUUAAGUUUACUCUUCGUUUUUCAGUUGAUCUUCUGCCCGCCAAAGGAAGCCACUUUUGCUAUCUAAAUAGUAGCUCUCCUUUUUUUAUAUUAAAGCAUCAUACAACUUUACUCAAUUUUUUGUGAAUAAUUUUAUUCACAUAAAUUAAAGGAAAUCAAACGAGAAAUAUAAAAACGAAUAUGCUCUUAAAUGAAAGAAUAAUUCAUGGAAAGAGGGUUGCUUGGAUGUCAUGUUGACAGGCUUUAGAGAUGAAAGGAGAAACCUUGACAUACUUACCCUCCUGCAUAAUUCGACGGGGAAAGACCCAACAAGGCAAAUGUUCUCUGUCUCUGUCUGAUCUUACUUGAGACAUAGCUUUUUUCAUAAGUUUCCGUCCAUCCAUAAGUCUUGAAGUGAAGUUUUAGCAUGUCCCAUUUAUCUUACUGGAUUUUGUUCUUCUCACUCUUGCAAUGAGAACUUUGUUUAUUGUCCUCUCUGGAAAACAUACGUGAAUAUGGCAGAGAGAGUUUUUCUCCACUCAAAACUGGAUUGUUGAGCAUCCUCUCAAUUGUAAAACAAAUGCCAAGAAUAUAGGAAUCCAUGGAAAAUUAUUGAUGCAAAACUGUACGAAGGCAUAUGCUGUGAAACGAAUGUAGGAUAGAGGGUAGUCUUAAUUAGUUUAAACCCACAAAGACACGGAAUGAUAUACUGGGCCUUAAAAAUGAUUUACUGAGGUGGAUUAGUCAUUGAGCUUUAAUGGGCUUCUGUACGAAGCUUUUUGCCUAAGGUUGGAUUCGCCCAUCAAGUAUUAAUGGGCUUUGGAUCCGGAGGUGGAUUCACCUAUCAAGAAAAAUGCGGGCUUUUGUGGUGAAUUCAUCCAACCAAAAGUUGAAGGCGUUUUGAGCUGGAAGAUAGUUUUGCCUAUCAAGGUUUCUGGGCUUUAGAAUCUGAGGGGUGGAGUUGCUCAUCAAGAUAUAGAGGGCUUUUUGGCCCAGGAUGGAUUCGCCUACCAAGAGAAUGUGCUUUUAGGUCAUUGGGCGGAUUUACCCAAUAAAGGGGUUUUGAUUCUGCUGGUAAGCUAUCCCAUCUAGAAUUAAAAGGGGUUUCUGAACCCAACAGUGGAUUCACAUAUUGACGGUUACGAGCUUUCGGCGCUAAGGGCUGGAAUCUCCCGCUCGGGGUGUGAUUGGCGUUCAGCUCGAAUGUAGAAAUGGCAAGAUAGGCGACCCAUGGCCCAGUGCUUACAGUGAGAAAAUCAGCUUUGGGGCUCGAAGAUGGAUUUAUCUACUUAAAGACAACAGACCAUUGGGCUCAAGGGUGGAUUCGCCCACCAAUAUUUGACUGGUUUCUGGUCAAUGGAAUGAUGCACUCACCACUAAUUAGUAAGCUUGUAGGCCUGAAGGUAAAUUCCACUUUUGAGGGUCAGCGGGCUUUUAGAACCAAAAUGGGUUUCACCUCUGAGUGAUGAUGGAUUUUGACGCAAGGGUGGAUUUGCUCAGAGAUAAUCAAUGGACUUUUGCACCCAUUGGUGAAUUAUCCUAAUGAUAGGUAGUGGACUUUUAGACUCGGAGGAGGAUUUGCCCAUUGGGGGAUGGACUCCUGGAUUUUUUUGGCGUGAGUGUGGAUCUGUUCACCAAGAUUUAGAUCUUUGUUCUUGGAGUAGUUUUACCCACCAAACUAGCUUGAUGCUUGAUUUAUCCUCUGUGCUAUCUUCUUCCUCUGGGUUUUAUCACCCGGGGUCUUCUCCCUCUAGGAUCAAGAAGAAAAGAAAGGAAAAGCCAGUAUUAGGACUAUGUGACCUGGCCUUCUUGUUCUCCUUCAUUGUAUACUCUUAAUUAAGGGGCCGGAGUUUAUAUCAACUUAUACGGGAAACAUUAAGGGGCCCGAUUUUUUUUAUUUAUAUUUUAAUGGGAAAAAAGGCUUCCACUGUGAUUUUUUUUUUUUAGGAUUUCAAAGUUCCUCAUUUUCAUUUUUUGUUAUUUUUUCUUAGUUUUGGAUUUUCUUUAUGAAUUCCUUCUGUGUUCGACUUCAGAUCACCUGUCGUAUGUGCAGAUCUUGUAACUUUCCUAGAAUAGAACAAUAUGCAUCUGUUAGAAUUUCUCUGGUAUAUUUUUCCCAUAAUCUUCCGAAAACCGUCAACCAUAUCAGAUGGAGAUAUGAAACGGGGGAAUUUUGGCCCAUCUGCAGGUUUGUGACAGGUUCAUUAGCCGGAAACUUGUUCAGAGAUUCUACGACAAAGCCCUCACAAUCGGCCUCAAAGGUUAUGCCCAAUUGUAUGUUUCGCUUCCUCCUCAAACUUGUAAGAGCAGUCAUGUAGUCAUCAGAUCCAUUCUUGACCUGUUCUUCAAAAGAUCUCAAGUAGCUGCAUUGUCCUGACAUAUGAGGGAUCUGACCCCCUUUUCGUUAAUAUGACGCAAUCAAGUUACCCAAAAACCUAGGAUAUGUCGCUGAAAUUUCAUUAUUUGAUGUUUGCCUGCAGACAUCAGCCCGUAAUGUCCCGACUUGGCAACUGGGAAGGCAUCAAAAGGGUAUGGAUCCUUUCCUCUCAUCUUCUGGUUUUUCUGAUCAGUUUUCCGGGAAAACCCUUUAUAGAUUUGGAUCUGAAACCCAUUCAUCUUGAGACGAUGUUCAAUAUCUUCUUAGUCUUUAGGCUGAGAGUGGUUUAAUCAAAGGUAACCCUUUGUUGAAUGGCAGUCGAUCUAGAUAUCUUUUCUACGGGGGGGGGCUUGCUGGGCCGCUCAGUAGAUGAGAAUGUUGUGAAUGCAUCGCAGGGCAAGGAGAGAAUGUUCUUGCCAUGAUAGCAUCUGUGGGCAUCUUCUCCCAUAAUGUUGGAAGAGCUUUUUUUCCUCUCUCCUCGUCACUAGCUCCACUACACCACCUCCAUAUGCGCCUGCUUCUCUCAUCUGUGAUCCUAACCCUCUCUUCCCUUUCUCUCUCUGUUAUCUAUCUUCCCCGGACAGUCGAACUCCGUCAGGGACUUUGACAGCCACGCCACCUGCAUCGUCGGAAACUACGAGGUACGAUUACUCCCUCCACCACUUUGGUCUUGCUGGCCUUCUCUGCUCUCCCUCCCCCCCCAACGGACGCUGAAUUGGGCUCUGUAUCCUCAGACUGUGGACACAUACUACCGUUGCUGCAGCAGCGUGAAUUUCGUGGGGAAUGUGGCGAUCCCAUUGCUUUGCAUCAGCGCCCUGGAUGAUCCUGUCUGUACGAAGGAAGCAAUUCCCUGGGAUGAAUGCAGGUUUUUCUCACAACCACUUGAAGAGUCUCUCUUCUAAUUAAUAUAUAUAUAUAUAUAUAUAUUAUUUUUAAUUUUUUAAUUUGCUUGUUUGAUCUCUGUUCUGGAUGUGAUCCAGGGCGAACAAGAACAUCGUUUUGGCCACUACAGCUCAUGGGGGGCAUCUAGGGUUCUUCCAAGGAAUAACAGCCCGUAGCUUAUGGUAAUAUCUUGUUUUUUUUUUAAUUUUUUUUUUCUUGGCCCUAUUUUUUUUGGGUCUGUUUUUUGUUUACUCCGCUGUGAUUCUCAGGUGGGUGGGCGCUGUUGAUGAGUUCCUCAGCGUCUUGCACUCCAGCCCGUUUAUGCACGAGAAAAAGAAGGUACCUUUGCCCGUUCUCUUCUCAACGGAUUUGCUCAUAAUCGUAGUCUCCCCUGGCAGCACUCAGCUGGGCCCUCAAAGUCAACCCUGAAGAGGAAAAUCAGCCCGGCCCACCAUCUCUUUCUCUCUCUCUCUCUACCUCAAAUUUCUCACUUUUCAAUGGUCAUCUUCGAAUGCAGAUGUACGCCACCGGACUUCACUCUUCGUUGGAAUCUUCAAUCGACAAGGCGCCCUACGUGAACGUCAUGGAAGACGGGAUGGUCGCCACCGUGGGAAAUGACGCGGCAGGCCAGGUCAACGACGGAGAUCCGAGUGAUGAUGAUGGUCGAAGUCAACCCCCCACAGAUGCCGAUCCCGCCGCCGCCGGGCCGGAAGAGAGAAGGACGGCGAGAGGUGGUCGAGCCCAGGAAGAGGAGGGCUCAGAAUCCUCGGAACAGAGGGGGGAGAGAGAGAGUGAGAGUGCGACUCCUGGUCCCCCCCAGGUGGCUAACCCGGUGAAGAUGUCAAUAAAUCAGCUCUCGAGAUGGAAUUCAACGUCGACGUGGCUGCUGGUGUACAUCGCAAUUGUGACCACGUGGCCGCUGGUCGGCUCUGCCCUCCUCGUCGUCUUUAAGAGGAGGUUCAAGAGGGCCCUGCCGUGGCUCAGCAGAUAG